CGUAGAUUCGUUGCAAAGUGGCACGUUUUGUGAAAUCGUUUCGUUCGAAAAUUUGAAAAAAUUUGCAUAAAGUAUCAUUGUGAUAUAAUAUUUACAAAACAAAUCUAGUUGUGUGCUGUGCCAUUGAAAAUUAGUGAUAGUACAUUCCAUAAGGAAGACCUAAGACACCAAUCCAUAUGACAUCGAUUAAUUAAUACACCACCGUUCUGCUAAAUGUGUUAAUCUAAGAAUUAAAAAAACUGUCAAGAAAUCGAUAACAAAUAAACAAACUGAAUUGAAUAUAACAACAUAUCACCCCUGCCACAACAAACUGCAGGGGGUUGUUAAUAGUUCUUGGAAUAAAACAUUUUUUGCUGAUUUUCAAAAUUUGAUUAGAGGGUAAAAGGGUGUUAGUGCCAGUCACAAAACCGAUUCUUUCGACAUUAAACUGAAAAUGGAUUUUUAUACAAACAUAGAGCGCCGUAUCGACAAAGACGUGCGUAAAAUGGACACACAAUUGGUGUGGGCACGCGAUCCUACUGAAGGUUACAUUCAAUGUCGUAUAACGGAAAUCGGCGCGAAAGAUUUUGAAGUUACUCCAGUUGACCGGAAGUUCGCGAAACGUACUUGCCACAUCGAUGAUAUUUUUUCUUCUUGCGAAGGACCUCAGGAUCACGAUGACAAUUGUGAAUUAAUGCUACUUAAUGAAGCUACAUUCCUGGAUAAUCUUAAAGUUCGUUAUUAUAAGGACAAAAUUUAUACAUACGUGGCCAACAUACUCAUAGCUGUUAAUCCGUAUCGCGAAAUAAAUGAUCUUUAUUCAUCGGUUACAAUAAAGCAAUAUAAUGGACGUUCCUUGGGUGAAUUGCCACCACACGUGUUCGCUAUAGCGGACAAAGCUAUACGUGAUAUGCGCGUUUUGAAGUGUUCACAGUCAAUAAUUGUAUCGGGUGAAUCUGGUGCUGGUAAAACGGAAUCUACAAAAUAUUUACUUAAGUACUUGUGCCAUUCACACGAUAGCGCCGGACCAAUUGAACAGAAGAUCUUAGAUGCUAAUCCUAUUUUGGAAGCUUUUGGCAAUGCAAAAACAACUCGAAAUAAUAACUCCUCACGUUUUGGCAAAUUCAUAGAAGUGCAUUAUGAUGCAAAAUGCCAAGUUGUUGGUGGUUACAUAUCACAUUAUUUGCUGGAAAAGAGUCGCAUCUGUACCCAAAGUUCGGAAGAGCGUAAUUAUCAUGUAUUCUAUAUGUUACUAGCCGGCGCACCACAACAGCUCCGUGAUAAGUUAGGUUUAGGCAAACCGGAUGAUUAUCGGUAUCUUUCUGGUUGCACUCAAUACUUUGCAAAUGCAAAGACAGAGCAACUUAUACCAACUGCGCAAAAAUCUAAAGACUAUCAGCAGAAAGGUGCCCUAAGAGACCCGAUUAUUGAUGAUUACAAUCAUUUCCAGAACUUGGAUAAAGCGCUUAGCCGCUUGGGUCUCAGUGAUGUGAAUAAAUUGGAAAUAUAUUCGCUGGUUGCUGCUGUUCUGCAUUUGGGUAAUAUAUCAUUUGAAGAAAUACCCGAUGAUGCGCGUGGUGGUUGUCAGGUGUCUGAAGCCUCUGAAGAUUCUCUAACAAUAACGUGUCGCCUUUUGGGUGUGGACCCCACGGAAUUGCGGCAAGCACUGGUUUCUCGAGUUAUGCAAAGUAAGGGAGGUGGUUUUAAAGGCACUGUAAUAAUGGUACCUUUAAAAAUCUACGAAGCGAGUAAUGCACGCGAUGCUUUGGCUAAAGCAAUUUAUAGCCGACUUUUUGAUCGAAUUGUAGCACUAAUAAAUCAAAGCAUUCCAUUUAAAGCUUCCAACUUUUAUAUUGGCGUUUUGGACAUAGCUGGUUUUGAAUAUUUUACCGUUAACUCAUUUGAACAAUUUUGUAUUAAUUACUGCAACGAAAAGUUGCAAAAGUUUUUCAACGACAAUAUUUUGAAAAACGAACAAGAACUAUAUAAACGGGAGGGCCUUAAUGUACCGGAAAUUUCUUUCACAGAUAAUCAAGAUAUUAUCGACUUAAUUGAAUCCAAAUCGAAUGGUAUUUAUACACUAUUAGAUGAGGAAUCAAAACUGCCAAAACCAUCAGCAUCACAUUUCACAACUGAAGUACAUAAGGCUUGGUGUAAUCACUUCCGGUUAGGUUUGCCUCGUUCUUCGCGUUUGAAGGCGCAUCGCAUACUAAGAGACGAGGAAGGUUUUCUUGUGCGACACUUCGCAGGUGGCGUGUGCUACAAUACGGAACAAUUUAUUGAAAAAAACAACGAUGCGCUGCAUGCGUCUUUAGAAGGCCUUGUGCAAGAGUGCGAAAAUCCUUUGUUAAAAACUCUGUUUCCAAGUGGUAGCACCUCACCCCGGGGAAAACUGAACUUUAUAUCUGUAGGUUCAAAGUUUAAAACUCAACUCGCAGAACUAAUGGAAAAAUUAGAGAAGAAUAACGGCUAUAGUCAAUCGCAAUAUUUACCACUAAGCAAACAAAGGGGAAUGCAUUAUAAUUUAGAAUCAAAACUGUAUAAGAAAUUGGAAAGCAAUGAAAAAAGUGGAAUAAAUGUUUUUCAAAAAUUUGGCACAAAUUUUAUACGUUGUAUUAAACCCAACAGCAAAAUGGUAGAUAAGGAGUUUGAAGGUGGUUUAGCUCUAGCUCAGUUGAAAUGUUCUGGUACUAUAUCUGUACUUGAACUUAUGGAACAUGGGUAUCCUUCACGUGUACCAUUCGGAGAUCUCUACAACAUGUACAAAUCGUACUUGCCUCCAGAAUUGGUAAAAUUGCCGGCACGUACGUUCUGUGAAGCUAUGUUGCACUCGCUAAACCUCAGUUCGAAAGAUUUCAAAUUUGGUAUAACGAAAGUGUUUUUCCGUCCUGGGAAAUUCGUUGAGUUUGAUCGCAUAUUAAGAUCAGAUCCUGAAAACCUUUUAGCAAUAGUGACUAAAGUUAAGAAAUGGUUAAUACGCUCUCGUUGGGUGAAAACAAUAUUAGGUGCUGCGUGUGCAAUCAGAUUAAAAAAUCGUAUAAAAUACCGGAAUAAAUGUAUAUUGGUUAUGCAGCGCAUGGUACGUGGACAUUUGGCAAGAAAACAUCAUAGACCUAGGUAUCAAGGUAUUGCAAAAAUAAAUAAAAUUCGUCUUAAUGCCCAAAAGACAAUAGAAAUAGCAACGGGUCUAAAGAAUGGUCGUGAGGUAAUUAUAAAUGAAGUAAACGAUAUAUAUCGCCAAAUCGAGGAUGCCAUUAAAAGCAUAAAGGAAAAUGAAAAAAUUACAUCCAGAGAAAUAGAUAGCCUGCAUACUGUAGUAAUGGCGAAUAUGAAUAAGGUCACUGUGGACUUAAAUAGUAAGCUUAAGGAGCAACAACAAGCAGAAGAACAAGAACGCUUGCGUAAAAUUCAGGAAGCUCUUGAAGCAGAGAGGCGAGCUAGGGAAGAAGAAGAACGCAAAAAGCAAGAAGAAGAAGAGAAUAAACGACUCAAAGCUGAAAUGGAGGCGCGACGCAAAGCUGAAGAACUAAAACGUCUCAAACAGGAAGAGGAAGAUCGCAGAGCUGCUCUAGCAUUACAAGCUCAAUUAGAAAAAGAAGCACAAGAUGAUGCUAAGUAUCGGCAACAGUUGGAGCAGGAGCGACGUGAUCACGAACUGGCAUUACGAUUGGCAAAUGAGUCAAAUGGGCAAGUGGAAGAUAGCCCGCCAGUUAUUCGCAAUGGUCAAAGUGAUGUUACGUCCAUGGUUCCAAACAAACUGAUCAGAUCAGAGAACGUAAGGGCGCAACAACAAGCUUUGGGCAAACAGAAAUACGAUCUGUCAAAAUGGAAAUAUUCUGAACUACGAGAUGCAAUUAAUACUUCCUGUGAUAUUGAAUUACUUGAGGCUUGUCGUCAAGAAUUUCACCGUCGUCUAAAGGUUUACCAUGCUUGGAAAGCAAAGAAUCGUAAACGCACUACCAUGGAUGAAAAUGAACGUGCCCCUAAAAGUGUAAUGGAAGCGGCAACCAAGGCACCACCAUUAAUACAACCGAAACAUGAAAUCACAACAGCCCAACAUCGUUAUUUCCGGAUACCGUUUAUGAGAGCAAACGCACCUGAAAAUACUAAACGUGGUUUAUGGUAUGCACAUUUUGAUGGUCAGUGGAUAGCGAGGCAAAUGGAAUUACAUGCAGAUAAACCUCCAAUUCUUCUAAUAGCAGGCAUUGAUGACAUGCAGAUGUGUGAAUUGAGUUUGGAGGAAACUGGUCUGACUCGUAAGCGUGGUGCAGAAAUUUUAGAAAUUGAGUUUAAUCGUGAGUGGGAGAAGAAUGGAGGCAAACCAUACAAAAAUCUUGGCUCUCAAAUAUUAUAAAAAUGAACAUAUAAACACUUCCAGGAAACAAAAGGCGUUAAAAUAAUUGAAACUAUAAAAUUUAAAAUAUAAUAUUUAGUAUUGAAAAAUUUACUAAAAAUUCAAUAGUGAAAUAUAAUCGAAAAUAUUUUUAUAACUUUUUUGAUAUAAAAAUUUCCAAACAACUGUCAACAGAUGAUUUACUUUUCGAUUUAAAAGUGCCUUUGUGCUUGGAACUUAUAAAUUUCAAUGUUAAAAUAUAUUUAAAAACAGGAACGAAACUCAUUCCAAAUUAUGGAGUUCUUAUAAAAUUACUAAAAUUUAAAUGUAUUGUCUGAAACAGUAUUUUAAAUAAAACGUAUCAAUGUCCAAUA